GAAGUUCCUUUCUCGUCGCCCUCUUUUUCUCCUCACUCCUCCCCCCUUCGUCCCCUUCCUUUGGUUGGGUUUGUGUCUCCGCCCUCUUCCUCUUGGGCCGUCCCCGCCUCAGUAAACCGCCGAACCUUCGAAGGCGGAGAUCCGUUUGUAGACCGCGUUCUCUGAGGAAGCCGAGAGGAGGAGGAGGAGGAAGACGAGCCCACCUGACCGUCUGACGUCCACAAUCUGAUUCCUGAUCUUUACCUUUCUCUUCUUAAUUAUAAGAAAAGAAGGAUCUUUUUUCCUUCUUCUCCUAUCGGUGAAACAACGUGGAAACCAGGGGAUUUUGUUUUACGCCGUUUGGUGGAUCAACUCUGAAGCAAGGCAAGGAAAAGGAGGAGUAAAGACCAGGGAUCAUGCGCAGGACGACGCAGGUCGGAUGCUGACAGAGUAUGGGAGUGGUUGGACCUUUGGUUGAUCGCCAUGACGCUUUACAUUGGUCGCGAGGCUCCCAAGCUAUGGAGGAAGAUUUGCAUGGAAACAUAUGUGGAGCUUCAACUUUUUAUGGAAAAGUGGAAGCUACUGCUAGCAGGACUCAUAUUUCAGUACAUUCAUGGGCUGGCUGCACGAGGAGUUCAUUAUCUACAUCGACCUGGACCAACUCUUCAAGAUGCUGGCUACAUGAUCCUUCCGGAACUUGGAAAAGAAAGAGGUUACGUCAGUGAAAGCCUAUUCACCUUCAUCUUUUUGUCAUUUAUUCUGUGGACAUUUCAUCCUUUUGUUUAUCAUAGCAAGCGCUUCUACACUGUUCUGCUCUGGCGGAGAAUUUUGUCAUUUCUAGUUGCUUCUCAAGCAUUGCGGAUCAUCACUUUCUAUUCCACACAGCUUCCUGGACCCAACUAUCACUGCCGCGAGGGAGGGGAGCUCGCCAGACUGCCUCCACCAGAGAGCGUAACUGAAGUGCUUCUGAUUAACUUUCCUCAGGGGGUCAUAUAUGGUUGUGGUGAUCUGAUAUUUUCAUCCCACAUGAUAUUUACACUAGUUUUUGUCCUUACAUACCAUAAAUAUGGCACUAAAAGGUUCAUCAAGCUUCUUGCUUGGGUUUUAGCUAUUGUUCAGAGUUUGCUUAUAGUAGCUUCCCGCAAGCAUUACACAGUAGAUGUAGUCGUUGCAUGGUAUACUGUAAAUUUAGUGGUAUUCUUUGUUGACAAGAAACUACCAGAAAUGCCUGAUCGUUCUAAUGGAUCCCAACCACUGUUACCAUAUGUUAAAGAUAAAGAUGAAAAAUCUAGAGAAGAUCACCACAAGUUAUUGAAUGGAAAUUCGGUGGAUACUGCUGAUUGGAGGCAGAGAUUGCAAGUGAAUGGCAAGCAUGGAGAAGACGGGAACCACAUCCAUUCUGAAUCUGCGGCAAAUGGUGCAUAGAUCAUUUCGGACAUGUUGGUUACUGAUUUACAGUAUGCACGGCGAUACCAUCUUUGACUUGACCAUGAAGCACUGCAUUCGACUGAACCGGGUGUUGAUGCUUAUCCUUGCAAAGCAAGGAACUUUAAUCUAGCCGGGGCAUGCUAACAUUUUGCUCUCUUACAUCAUAUCAUGCAUGCUCGUAUGUACUCUCUUUUUGUUUUCAUGCCCAACGAUUCUUUAUUAUGCAUUCAAAAGGAAAUCUUAACCUCAUGUGGCGUGUAGUGGUUUUGUUGUGUUACAGCAUUGUGCAACUGAAAGGAACAUUUAUUUCUCCAAAGGGGAAAAAGAUUGGAAGCAAUUGCUUU